GUCUCUAAUUCCAUGCCAAAAGAUACUGAGGAGCUCAAAAAAAAAAAAUUCCUCAGUUUCUUGAUCGUUUUCACAAUUCUGAAAAGUGAUCAAUCCGUCGGGAGACAAGAAGUCCGGUCAACGGCGGAAAUUCCACGCCAACGGAAAAAAGAUCCGACCUUUGGGAUUCUAAUGUUCUACACAAAAAGAGAUAGAAGACCAGACUUACAUAGCGGAAUUCUUGAGCUGUGUACCUUUGCUACAGAAAUUCUGUCCAGAAAAUCGCACAGCUAGUUGAUGUCAAGAAUUAUGAUAGGGGUGAUUAUGUUCUGCGCAAAGGGGAAGCCGGGGAUGGAAUUCACUUCAUUUGGGACGGUGUGGCUGAAGUCUCCGGCCAUGUCGAGGAAGACAACCCUACAAAAUAUCAAUUAAAAAAUACUCCCUCCGUCCUAUUAUGAUCUUCCCAGAGCACUAUUCCAACUUCACAGGAAUUUAUAUUUAUUUGUGUUUUUUCAUGGCCUAUAUGAUAAAAUAAAAUAUUCUUAUCACCACUUGUUUUGUUGAACUUUUGAUGUAGUUUUUAAAUAUGUUUGUUUUAUUUUUUAUUUCUAUACCAAUAUUUAAAUAAAAUAGAUUAAAAAAACUUGGGAUUUUUCUUCGUUUUGCGAACCGGGAAGAUCAUUAUAGGACGGAGGGAGUAUGAUUAUUUUGGUCACGGUGCGAUGCAUCUAAUUGUUCUUGCAUUUUUAUUUGCUUACCUUCAAUUUUUAAUGACAUCUAUAGAUGCAUCUGCAGGCCUCACAUCAUCUAGCCAGCAUGCCGGUGUGGUCGCUCUCACUAAACUAACCUGCUUGAUGCUGCGCCAUGAACAUUGUAACCUGCUACAACCCAUAUCAAUAUGGAAUGCAGACAAAGCAGUGGAGAAAUGCUCCCUAGUGGAGCACAUUUUGCAUUUGGAACCAUUGAAAGUGGAUAUUUUCCAAGGGAUUACGUUGCCUGAUGCUCCUAAAUUUGAUAAAGUAUUUGGAGGCCAAUUUGUGGGGCAGGCAUUAGCAGCAGCCACAAAAACUGUCAAUUGUCUCAAGAUUGUUCAUAGCAUUCAUGCCCACUUCCAUCUUGGUGGGGAUGUUGAUAUACCAAUAAUGUAUCAAGUACAUCGUGUGCGUGACGGGAAGAGCUUUGCAACAAGGAGGGUAGAUGCAAUACAGAAACAGAAGGUUGUAUUUACUUUAGUUGCUUCAUUUCAGAAAGAAGAAGAGGGAUUUGACCCCCAGGAUGCAUUAAUGCCUAUAGUGCCGGAUCCAGAAACGCUUCUGUCAUUGGAAGAGAUACGUGAAAGGCGGCUCACUGAUCCUCGUCUUCCCGGUCCCUAUAGGAACGCUUUAGCUACCGCGGAAUUUGUUCCAUGGCCAAUAGAGAUAAGGUUUUGUGAUCCUAAUGUAACCAGCCAGACUAAGAGCCCUCCAAGCUUGAGGUUCUGGUUUAGAGCAAAGGGAAAUCUCUCUGAUGAUCAAGCUUUGCACCGAUGUGUUGUGGCAUUUGCGUCGGAUCUUAUCUUUGGUGAAGUAGGUAAUAAUCCUCAUCGCAAGAGAGGGCUGAAUAUUGCGACUCUUAGCCUCGAUCAUGCGAUGUGGUUUCACAGGCCUCUUCGGGCUGAUGACUGGAUAUUGUUCGUGAUAGGGAGUCCAUCGGCAUGCAAUGCGCGCAGUUUUGUUUCUGGGCAAAUGUAUGAUCGGACAGGAACGCUUGUGGUGGCACUCACGCAAGAGGCUUUGCAGCGAGUGGUCCCGCCUGCGCAAAAGCCGAUCGGACAGUCAAAUCUCUAACUCAUAUCAAUGGAAGUAUUUGGGGUCUCAUUCCAUCCAAAUCUGUAACUCAAAAACCAUAUAAUGUGUACUACUACGUGUAAUCCAGUGCACAUCUUUUCUUGCCUGUGAUUUUUAGACUGCAUAUUAUCCUUUGGAGUGAUUGGUUUUCUUGAAGACAUAUUACUAUGGUGAAAGCAGACUGAUUUUCCUUUUUUAAAAUAGAGUUAUUCUCGUCAU